AAUUACUUAAACCGAUAGAAGUUAAACUUGGUCAAAAGGGUGUCAUGGAAAUGGAAGUUUGGUUACUUAGAUUCGAAAUCGAGUUAAGGAAAGGGAAACCUCUCUUGGCACUUAGAGCCUUACUUAAAGCUCGAAGUUGUGUUGAAUCGAUUACUCCCAAGAUCUAUCAUGCUAUGGAAAAAUUACAAAAAGAAGUUAAGGAGAAUGAAAGUAUAGAAAAAGAAGUGAUUCAGAAUGGACUUGGAUCGAUCAUAGAAGAAGUUGAACGUAAAAAACGAAUUGAUGAUGAUGAUGAAUGGAAUCUAGCUUUCGGUAAAGAUUUAAUGAAGUUUGUUAAAGAAGAAGGAACUCAAGAUUGGAAACUUGGGUAUCAAGCAUGGGAAAGAUUAAAUAAAGAUGAGGAGUUUAGGAUUUUAGGAUGUAAGAAAUGGGAACUUGUUGAAGGAUUUCAAGUUAAAAGUGAUCAAUUAAAUAACCAAGAUCAAAAGAGUGGUCAAGAAGGAACAGAUGAUAAAUUGUUUGAAGUUAGAGAUUGUUGAUUUAUGUUUGUUUGAAGAAUUUGUGUUUGUUGUUUUGUUUUCGAUAAGGAAGAUGAUCAGGUAGGGGUUUUCAAUAAUUUUAUAACUUUGAUUAUUCAUAUGUGCAGGUAGAAAUCAAAGUCAAAUAUAUACAGCAGUGAAUUUGGUGGGAGAUAAAUUUGACGGACAUGAUGUU